AUGGAUUCUGCUGUUUCAGAAGCAAUUGACCGGACAGGGUUGACGUCGAAUCCCUCAAACUGUCCUCCUGAGUCGUUUCCAGUGGAGGACUCGUACGGGCAACCUGAAGAAGAGGGAUCAGAAACAAAUACUUCUGUAACGCAAUCUCCUACAAAUUCUGAACGACUUACUUAUGUGCUAGACGAUAAUGCCGAUACAAAAGCUUUACAGAAGAAGUAUAUCGAAAAUGUAUACGGAGGAGAACCAACAAAUUUCUUCAGAAAUGUUGAAGAUUACAGUUUUUAUGGAAAAAAUAUAGAACGGUUUCAUGAGCAUAAACACGUUUUUAUCAACGUGUUACGAAGUCGCCGAAAAGAAUUAGAUACAAAAGUUAAACAUUUAAAAAGUACUUGGAAUCAAUUAGCAAACCGAUGGGAAGAAAAUAUUCUUCUGGAACCCUCUGUUAAAAGGAGCACUCGCAAGGUAAUGAGCAACUUUACAGCAGGAGACAUCGUUCAUUCUGAAGAAGAGUUUCUUGCGAUUCUUGCUCGCUUAGAACAACAAGAAAAGGAAGCUGAAAAUGCUGCCAAAAAUUCAGGAGUAGCCCGGAUUCCAAAUAUGGUUUUAUCUGAAAACGAUGUCAGGUCGAAUUAUUUUAAUGAUCAAAGCAGGCUUGUUACGAAUUCUUUAGAUUUCUAUCACUUCAACUCUCCUUCUGAUAUUUGGGCGGAAGAGCAGCAUUCGAUAUUUGUUCAACAAUUUAUGCUUCAUGGAAAAAGAUUUGGAAAAAUUGCAGAGGCUGUUCCUGGAAAGAACGUGAAAGAAUGCGUUUUGCAUUAUUACUUGACAAAAAAGACAAACAAUUAUCGCGAGCUGGCAGUCACUACAGCGAAAACACGCGGCCGUCGUCGCAGGAAAAUGUCGCCAGGCCAGCGAGGUGUUAAGAAGAAGUCCAAGGGCUCUGCUCUUAUGGUGGAUAUUGAAGCAGCAGAUGAAACCAAAAACCAGGAAGAACACACACCUUCCCUAACCGAAAACACUCCUGCAGCGGAAAAUUCCUUCACCGGAAAAGAAGAACCACCAAACAAAUCGAAAAUUCCAGAGAAAUCGGACGAAUCAAAGGUGGAGCAGGAAGCUGGUUUCAAAGAAGCUAUUACAGACAAUAAAACUAAUCAAGAAACCGAAAGGGCUUCAGAAACAAAAGAGGUUACAUUUGAUUCUCACGAGAAAGUUGCAACAGUUAAAGAAGAACCUGUAGAAUCUAAGAGGGAAGAUAUUGUUAUGGAAGAUGUCUCCCAAAAUGCAGGGAGGCAAAGUAUAUCGACGGAACUGCAGUCAAUUCAAUUAAAAGAUAUAUCUCCAUUAAAAACACCUUCUCCUACUCCUACUUUUGUAGAGCAGCAAAGGAAUAGCUUUUCUAGUAGAAAAGAGAAAGAUGCUGCUUCUGCGCUAGCAAAUCUCUCUUCAGUGGGUCGGUCAAUUCCUUCUGCAAGUUUCUCCGCAGCGAUGGUCGAAAACCAACUUUCUGGGUGGGAUGAAAAAGAGGAAGCUCUUAUUUUGUCUUUAGCUCAUGGGAUGAAUCCAGUGAAACAACAGACUACACCAAGAAGAGCUUCGUCUGGUUCAAGGGGUGCCUUUACUAAUUUGGAAAUUUUGUCUUCGCAAACAACUUCACCUUCUAAAAGAAGAGCAAGUGAAUGUAUCACACCGUCUAUUUCCAAGAUCUUGGAUCCUCUCGUUAGCAGCGAACACUCUCUUCAACACCAUUCUGAAUCCAAUGUCUCUUUCCCUGGUCGAUUUCAGAUUCAGAGACUUCAUGGACGAGAUGUUCACUCAUCCUCUCGACCGUCGCAUCACAGUUUUGCGUCAAUUCACACAUUAGCAGCUUUAGGCGAAAAUUUCGAAGAAGAGCAGACCGACGAGGAAAAAGAAUCUGUGUCACCUGAUCAAGAAACAGGGUCUUAA